AUGGCCCGGGACGUCAAUCUGAAUUCCCUCCAGGAGUUGGAACGUGAGGUCAUCCUCCAGGUCCUGUACCGAGACCAGGCGGUUCAAAACAUCGAGGAGGAAAGGAUCCGGAAACUGAAGACGCACUUGCAGCAUCUCCGGUGGAAAGGAGCAAAGAGCGUGAGCCCGGAGUACAAAGAGAAGUCAUGUGCACGCUGUCAGCGUGAGCUGGGGCUUCUGCUGAACCGGGGGGCCGUGUGCAAGGGCUGCAGCCACCGCGUGUGCUCGGAGUGCCGAGUGUUCCUGAGGAAGACCAGUGCCUGGAAGUGCACCGUGUGCUUUGAGGACAGAAAUGUGAAAAUAAAAACUGGAGAAUGGUUCUUUGAGGAACGAGCCAAGAAAUUUCCAACUGAAGGCAAACACGGGACCGCCGGAGCAAAGCUCUUGCAAUCUUAUCAGGAACUGAGCAAAAUUUCUGUGGUUCCUCCCACCCCACCUCCUCUGAGCGAAAGCCAGUGCAGUAGCAGCUCAAACAGGUUGCAGGAACUUGGUCAGUUUAAAGGAUUUAAUAAAUCCGUGGAAAAUUUGUUUCUGUCUGUUACCACCCACAUGAAAAAGCUUUCCAAGUCCCAGAACGACAUGACCUCUGACAAGCAGCUCCGGGCCACGGGUCCCAGGCAGUGUGCUGGCCGGACGGAGAGGAGAAGCCAGUCUGACACUGCUAUCAACGUCACCACCAGGAAAGCAAGCAUGCCGGAUAUUCUGAAACCUCUCAAUCAAGAGAGUCCCAGACGCCUUACUAGCCCUGUUUUGAAGCAAGAGGAUCUCUCAUCCAGGCCAACGCCCAGCGCUUUUUUCUCAGGAGGCUUGAGACACGCCAGUCUAAUUAGCAUUAACAGCACUUGUACGGAGAUGGGCAAUUUUGACAAUGCUAAUAUCACUGGAGAAAUAGAAUUUGCCCUUCGCUAUUGCUUCAAAACCUGUUCUUUAGAAAUAUGCAUCAAGGCCUGUAAGAAUCUUGCCUAUGGAGAGGAAAAGAAGAAAAAGUGCAAUCCGUACGUAAAGACUUAUCUACUGCCUGACAGAUCCUCCCAGGGAAAACGCAAGACUGGAGUCCAAAAGAACACGGUGGACCCAACAUUUCAGGAGACCUUGAAGUACCAGGUGGAGCCCAGCCAGCUGGGGGCCCGGUGGCUGCAGGUCUCUGUGUGGCACCUGGGCACGCUCACCCGGAGGGUGUUUCUUGGAGAGGUGACCAUCCCUCUGGCCACAUGGGACUUCGAAGACAGCACAACACAGUGUUUCUGCUGGUAUCCACUGAGGGCCAAGGCAGAGAAACUUGAAGACAGCAUUCUUCCCAGUAAUGGAGAACUUGAAGUCCGGGCCAAACUGGUCUUCCCUGCAGGGCCCAGAAAGCUCCAGGAGGCCCAAGAAGGGACAGAUCAGCCAUCCCCUAAUGGUCAGCUUUGUUUUGUCGUGCUGGGAGCCAAGAAUUUGCCUGUGCGGUCAGAUGGUACCCUAAACUCAUUUGUUAAGGGCUGCCUCACUCUGCCAGACCAACACAAACUGAAACUGAAGUCCCCAGUUGCAAAGAAGCAAGCUUGUCCCCAGUGGAAGCACUCCUUCGUGUUCAAUGGCGUGAGCCCUUCCCAGCUGAGACAGUCAAGCCUGGAAUUAACCGUCUGGGACCAGGCCAUCUUUGGUGUGAACGACCGCUUGCUGGGGGAAGCCAGGCUCGGUUCUAAGGAAGACGGAGCUGCUGGUGAGGACUCAGGCUCACCGUCAGAGCGUCAAUGGCAGAAAGUUCUUUCUAGCCCCAAUCUGUGGACAGACAUGACACUCAUCCUGCACUGA